AUUGUUUAACGCAAAAAUUAUUUAUACGAAUUUAGAGGUUUAUAUAUCUUACAAUUAUAUGUCUCCAAAACUAAGGAUAGAUGAUGAGCACACAAACCAUUAACCAAAAUCCUACAACAAAAAACGAUGCCUUUUCUAGGAACCCGGAUCCAACCCAAAGCCCGGUUCAGCUUCCUCUUCAACCCCCCUCCUCCUCCUCCUCCUCCUUCUUCUUCUUUGCACUCACGCAAGCUCUUUCAGCGAACACUUAUCAUGUCUUCGACUAUGACGCAGUCCAACAAAUCAAAAAGACCAAUUUGCCCCUCUUGCUCCAAACCCGAUCGAACCUGCCUUUGCUCUCGGAUCCGGGUCUCUGGAAUCGAGAAUUCCGUGAAAGUAACCAUCUUGCACCACGCAUUGGAGAGCAAGCACCCCCUUAAUUCCACUAGAAUCGCCAAGCUGGGACUCAAGAACCUCACUGUUGCAACUGUUUCAGACGUUAAUUUCGGUGCCCGGUUUGUGAUUCGGUUAAUUGACCCGAAGUAUUUCAAAUCGGGUUCUUCGGUUCGCAAUGUGAGAAGUAAUGGGUUGCUUUGUCGUCAGUUUGAAGAAGCUGGAGGGAUCCGGAAGCUGUUUUGUGAGAAAGAUUGUAACUUGGUUGAUUCUAGUGGUGGAAAGUGUGGUUUGGAAAAUGGUGUUUAUUUUAACUUGGUUGAUAGUGCUGGAAAAUUUGGGCUGCAAAGUUAUGGUGCAUUGGUGAAUGGUGAAGUUGAGAAAAGUUCCAAUAUUCCAAGUUUUGAUACUAAUUGUGCUGGAAGGCCUGCUAUUACUUUUAAUAUUGGCAAAUAUGGUAAAGUUAGUUCUCUAUCUCAUAUUUGGAUGUCAGAUUCUCAAUCCAGCUGGUUGUCAAGUUUUGACUAUGUUUUGGAUCAUGAUGAAGCUUGUGAAGCACUCUCAAAAGGGUUUUUGGUGAAGAAGUUUCAAAGCAGGAAAUUGGAUAAUAGGGGCAUUGAUUUGGAAGAAUUUGAGGAAUUUGAGAUUGAGGUUCCACCAGGAUCAGCACUACUAUUUCCUUCUGAUAAGGCUGUUACUAUUGGUGAGCUUGAUGCUAUUGGUUUUGAGGUGAAGAACUUGAUUGUUCUGGAUGGAACAUGGUCCAAGGCAAAGAGAGUGUAUAGUGAAAACCCUUGGUUGAAUAUCUUGCCUCAUUUGAAGCUAGAAGUGAAUGAGAUGAGCUUGUAUAGUGAUGUAAGGCACCAACCUAAAGCUGGUUAUUUGUCCACCAUUGAGAGCAUUGUGCAUGCAUUGAAGGCAUUUGGGGAGGAGAAUCAUGAGGAUUUGGAUAGACUCUUGGACACUUUUGAGGCCAUGGUUGGAGACCAAAGGCGUUGUAAAGAUGAGAGAUUGAGCAAAACUCUUCCCUAGUUGAUGAGGCCUUUUCUUCUGUUUAACCCAAAAUAGAAACUAUGUUCAAUGAAUUAAGAAUCAUUAAACCUAUGAGUUUUUAGCUCUUGUAUCCCAAGUAGUGAUAGAACUAUUCAUUUUUGUGUGACUUCUACUUUUUGUGACUCAAAUUACUACAAAAAAUAGUUACACAGACAUUUUACCUGUA